AUGAACUCGUCAUCAGAGAGUAAUAAUUCAAUCUGGUAUUCGAAUGAUGCGGCCUUCACGAUCAGCCCUAUCGUUAACUUUUGGAUCUUUCUUCUAUUAGAUGUAUGUGCUAUUCUAUGUACAAUCUUUGUCUUAUAUCAUCUAUUAUCCAAACGGCGACUGCGAAUCGCUCCACAUAAUCACAUACCGAUCAUACUACUUGUUCUCGCAUUCAUUUACGAAUGUAUCGAUAUGCCGUUUCAUUUGGAGUUCUUUCUGACAGGUAGAAUUCAUCUGGAAAUACCCAUGCUUUGUCUAAUCUGGUGGUUUAUCGAUUGGGGAUUCUACUUUACGAUUGCAGUUCUACUCGUAUUCGCUUCACUCGAACGGCAUGUUCUUAUCUUUCAUUCUCAGUUAUACACUUCGAGACGUAAACGUUUUCUUUUCCAUUAUCUUCCUAUAUUAGCAAUUUUGUUUGCCAUGAUGACGUUCUAUAGCAUCGUCAUCUUCUCACCGAUUUGUACGAGCACGUUCGACUAUACAGCGGAUUUGUGCGGUACACAUGCAUGUUACGGUUCGAUAUGGAAUCUUUCUGCUAUUGAACAAUUACUUUUUGGUGAAAUAUCGAUUUUUCUCAUUGUUAUAUUUAGUAUGUCAUUACUAAUACGUGUCGUUCGACAAAAACAUCGCGUUCACGGGGCAGUUCAAUGGAAGAAACAACGAAAACUAGCUCUACAGAUGUUUUCAUUAUCAUCGCUGUACACAACGUUUUCUCUUCCCAUUACAACUAUUUACGUCGUUCGAUUAUUCGGUCCGUCAGAUUGGGGUGAACAAGUUUUACCUAUCUUCUUCCUUCUCUCCUAUUUUGCUAUUUUCUUCUUACCAUAUGUGUGCCUUAUGAAUUUGCCAGACCUUAGCAGGAUCUUUCAUAAUUUCACACUUCGACCACAAAUUCAAUUCACACGAAAAAUUAGUCAUGGAACAUGGAAGAAUGUGGUCUACGAUAUGCUCGAGUCGUCAUCAGUCAUCGAAUCAACUUUACCUGGCGUAACAGAAGUUGAUCUGUCGAAACGAAAAGCUGUUUCGAAAAGACAGACGAUAUCAAAUCGAUACCAUCGCUCACACUCAUCGUCAACAGAAAAUUUACCUAAAGCAACUUCAUCAAUGAAUCAAUCAGCACAGCAGCCAGAUCAGCAUCGUGCAACCGUUGACGGGUCGAUUGAUUCGAUCUGGUCGUCCUCAGAUGACGAUCAUCAUCAUCAUCAUCUACUUAAAUCUUUACCUUUGAAUACGUUCUAUUCUAAUUCAUCGUCUCGUUCUUCGUUUGAUCUAUGUUCGAACAGUAGUGAUUCUCAUCCGAUGAACACACCUGAAAUUCCCAUAUUUUCUUCGUCGUCGUCAGGCUAUGAUUCGUCACUGAAUUCAAUACCUGAUCAUCUAUUUUCGUCUUCUCCGAAUUCGAUUAUCAUUCCUGAUUGCGAUCCAUUGAAACAGUGCGUUACUCUACAUCGACAAAAACAACCAUCCUUUCAUCAAGGAAACGCUUCUUCACCACCAUCCUCGUUCAGUUCACCAUCAAGCUCGUUCUUUUCUUCACAACCGAUUUCGAAAAUCAAUUCGCCAUCCUUCUGCCGCAAGUGUGCUAGUAAUAAUCAAGCAUCCAGUGAUACCGAUGAUGAUUCCCAGGCGACAACUGUAUCCAUGAAUUUAUUAUCUUUACAGCCGAAUCAACGACCCAGAAGUCUGCCGAUAGCCAUUCAGCAACCGAAGAGCAUAGUAAAUGAUGAUGAAACAGAUAACAGCUCGCAGAACUCGCCUCUUUGCCAUUGUUCAAUCAGUAACUCUCAAAAAAGCCGCUUUCGGCCAUGUGAUUUAUCACCAGAUACAUAUCCUGAAACUAACCUAACGACACCGUCGACAGACAAAUUACAUAUCAAUGAGCAAGUGACAAUUAACCAAAAGAAUUCUUUGGAACAUUUUAUUAUGAGUCCAACCGACAGAGUGAAAGUACAAAUGAAAUACCAAGAAAAUGAUACAAAAAGUAAUGAAUUGAGAAUUUCUCAACCUGAAGAUGUUGACUUCAAACGAUCAAAACUAAAAGCUAUUCGAAUCCUUUAUCAGAACAGACUCAACCUUAACAGUAUUUCAUCUCCGGUGACAAAACCAAAUUUAAUUAAACAUUCAUCGAAAAUACAGGGACAUUGUGAUUCUCCUCUAGCAAAACGAACAGCCAAUCCGCGUCUAUUUCGAAGUGCUUUAUCGUACAGUGUAUUCGAAGCAGAUGACGAACAUGAAGUGGUCCUAUCUUCGGCUCGAUCCGGUGUGAAUGGAACACAUGAAAAAUCGAUCACCGAACCAUUCAAUUCUUUGCGAGUUAAUUUUAUAGAAUCUUUAUUACACGGAAAAAUUCUUCCAUGUGGCAUACUUGAUGGCUUCACUGUCAAAUUAGGUGCAAGUGGACUUUUCAUACCUAAACAAGCUGUUUUACCCGUAACAACAUUUUGGUUUAAUGUUUCUGAACAUCAAGCAGCUUCACCAUAUCUCGGUUUUAUAAAUUUACAAUCUCUGCCUAAACGGGGUUAUCAUACUCCAACGAAAGGAACCAUCACUUUGGCACUACUGAAUCCAAAUGGAACAGCUGUUCAUCUAUUUUUAAUUGUUUAUGAUUUCAGCGAUAUGCCAGCUGAUCAUCGAACAUUUAUCCGUCAACGAAUUGUUCUUAUGCCAGAAAAUAGUACUCAUCAGAACACAUUCAGGGAAAACCUUCGAUACUUAGCUCAUAUUCGUUUUGUCACAUCACAAACAGGGAAGCUUUACAUGCAUUCGGACAUCAGACUGAUAUUCGCACGUAAUAAACUCGAUUAUGAUGAACGUUCAGGCAACGGGAAACCUCAGUUGGUUACUCUGACAGAUGUGCCUACACCCAAAUAUUGGCCGAGAAAAUAG